AUGGCAACAGUUUCAUGCUCAUUGCUGAACCUUCCCUCCAAAAUGAGAGGCCUAACCCUAAUUUCAUCUUCUUCCACUUCAAAUUCCGUUUCUCUAAGUUUCUCCCGCAACAUUUCUCACACCAACUUUUCACAAGAUAGGUUGUCGCUGAGUACGGUACAGAGGCGCGGCGUUGUAGUUUGCGAGGCGGCUCCUCAAAAGGUUGAUUCCGCAAUUAAGAGAGCUCGACAAGCCGAGAAACGUCGCAUUUAUAACAAAGCUCGUAAGUCAGAGAUAAGAACACGCACCAAGAGGGUUUUGGAAACACUAGAUUUGCUCAAAAAGAAAUCUGAUGCUCAACGGGAAGAAAUCCUCUCAAUUGAGAAGAUGAUUGGAGAGACAUACUCUGUAAUUGACAAAGCAGUGAAAGUGGGCACAUUGCAUAGAAACACCGGAGCAAAUCGCAAGUCUCGGCUUGCCAGAAGAAAGAGGGCAAUAGAAAUUCAUCAUGGUUGGUAUACUCCUGUCCCUCAAGAAAGUGCCUGA